AAAAAAAAAAAAAAAAAAAGUUGUUUGUUUGAUUGGCAGAGUGUUAAGGGUCAAGACAGCUGUUUGAGUAGGAUCGCAUUUUGGUGGCGUACAGCCGCGCAACUCUUCAAGUGAGCAUCUGCUUUGCGCUCAAGCAUCAAGGAAAGGACAUCAGGAAAGAUAGGACCAUGGACAACGAGACAUUGAAGAAGUUAUUUAAGGCUGGGGCGAUUCUCCUGGUUUUGGAUGCACCUCAAAAUCAACUCGAGUUUGGCAUCGAUGUUAAUUGCUGGAACACGGGGCCGCGCUUCAAGGGCAUCAAGAUCAUUCCUCCUGGUGCACACUUUGUAUACUAUUCUCUUCACAACACCAAAAGCACGCAAGCGAAUCCCGAUGACGAGGCAAAAGCGGAUGGAACACUAGAGGUCAUAGAAGGUGGCACAACUGGAGGAGAUGUCAGGAUCGGAUUCUGGCACCAGUUUGAGAGCGGCGAGGUUGUAGUCAUGAAGUGGAAUGCAUACAACGAGAAUAUGGAGCUCGAGAAGGACGUAGAUCAGAUCGCACGGUACAAAGCAGGCAUUCAAGAAUUUGAUCCAUUUCUCGGUCCAUACCCGCUCUUGCCACCGGAAGCAACUUAUCCAGCAUGGAUAAAGCUCGCCAACCACAUCACACAAAAGACUAUCAGCAGGCUCUUCCCGGAAGACGGGUUCGUGGAUUCCUAUGACGAUCAACUGGAGGCCGAGCUGUCAAGGGCAACAAAGAUUAUUGAUCGAGAACAAAAGGAAGAGAAGGAGAAAGCAGAAAAGGAAAGACUACAGCAAAGUGCACAACAAGUCAGAAGCACUAACACAAUCCAAGAAGAGGACGAAACCGCGAUGGAGACGGACUCGACAGACGAUCAGCAUGCCGCUCCGAGCGCAAAGGAUAUUUCAAAACGGCCAAAAUCAGCCAUGGAGCACAUAUCCGUUAAGUUUACGCCAAUCGACCUGCGGUCGUCGUUCCGAAAAGGUGCUGUGGGGGAGGAGGUCACGCGAUACAGUUUGGACAAGAGCUGGCUCCUGAAUAAUCUGUUUUCUACUGUCUACAAGUCUGACGUUUCCGCUUUCCUGGGCGAGUACCAAUCAGCGUUCGUAACAAUGCUUUUAAGCUACCAUCUUGGCGCAUUCCGACAGUGGAAGACCAUGACCAUCCUAGUGUGUCAAUCCACAGAAGCGACCUCUUCGUCAAAUUACACUAGCCUUUUUUCCGAGUUCAUCCAGACGCUUCUCCAUCAGUUGACAUCGAUCCCCUCUAGCUUCUUCAUGGACCUCUUGUUCGCUUCACCGGAUCAAGACGACAUGACCGCCAACUUUUUGGAGCAGGCGCUGAGGGUCAUGGGCCGCAAUAUUCAGUCAGGUCUUCGACGUGGACAGUGCUUGGAGUUGCGAAAGCCGAUGCAUGCACUUCAGAAGGCGGUUCAGGAGAGCUUUGAGUGGAAGAUCCCGGGCGAUUUCAAAAAGAUCCAGAAGGUGGUCGAGGUGACCAAUGAAAUGGGGUUGGCUAGCGACGAGGAUGAUGACUAUGAGGAGGAAGGAGAAUAUGCACCGGUUAUUGUUCAAUAAAGCAAUACUACUGCAGCCAUUGCUUGGGUAAAUGCUGUACAGGUACUUUGCAUGAAAAUUAGGACGAU